CCUAUUCUGGAUAUUCAACAUCGCAUCAUCGUCUACCUCGCCGGGCAGCCACGUGAACGGUCUGAGGAGGUAAAAGACGGCGUGUGGAGAGCAUUUGAAGGUGCCCUCGCACAAUGUUCUGUGUCUGACGCCGAUAGUCAUCACCACCGAGGCAACUACACUCAGCUCAGCAUAGGAAUUUCCUAUGGUGGUGGCCAGAAACGUCCGGGAAACCUUAGGAACCGCCCAGCCAACGUUCAUGCCCUUGAUCAACUUCGCACCAAUCCUUGGGUCCAACGGCUGGUUGGAUUUAUCGAUCGUGCUUACGAAACUGCGUUUCCUAACUUGCGGAAGGAAUAUGAGAAAAUUCUCAACAACCUAAUACAGAACGACAGCCGUCUCCGCCGAAACUGGGUGAAUUCCUCCUUUGCAGCAGCUACGUUCAAUCUCGGGCCCUCCACUUCCACCUUCCGACAUCGAGACUACCUCAACUACGUUCUCGGGAUGUGUCCAGUAUAUGCCGGUGGAAAUUUCGAUUCCAAGCAGGGCGGUCAUUUGAUCCUGUGGGACCUCAAGCUUGUGAUUCAAUUUCCGGCAGGAAGCACGAUCAUUUUUCCGUCUGCCCUCCUCGAACAUUCAAACGUCCCCAUCCAACCAGGCGAGUUGCGAUUUUCCUUCACGCAAUUUACUGCUGCCGGCCUGUUCCGUUGGGUUUAUAAUGGCUUCAAGUCAGAUCGAGAGAUAAUAGAAAAUGGUCAAUGUGUCGAGAAGGUUGGCCUCCAGAUGCGCAAGGAGAGAGUUUGGGCAAGGGGGCUGAAAUUAUUUACUACACGCAAACGGUAG